AUGGGAGGAAUAGGAAAGACGACUCUAGCUACUGCUCUUUAUGACAGAAUCUCUCAUCAAUUUGAUGCAUGCUGCUUCAUCGAUGAUAUAAGCAAAGUUUAUAGAAAUGAAGGUCGAUUGGUGCUCAAAAGCAAGCACUACAUCAAACUCUUAGCAAACAGCACCUUCAGAUAUGCAAUCUUUACAACAAAAACUAAUUUGAUACGACUCAAGCUAGGUCAUAUAAGAGCCCUUCUAGUUCUUGAUAAUGUUGAUCAAGUUGAACAGCAGGAGAAAUUAGCUGUGAGUAGUGAAUGUUUAGGUGCUGGGAGUAGAAUUGUUAUAACUUCUAGAGAUGUUCAUAUCUUGAAAGAGUACGAAGUUGAUGAAAUCGUCAAUUAA